GACCAAGCUUCAUAUGCUGCCGCUGCUCGCCUGCACCUGCAGCCGUCGCCAUGGACGUGGCCAUGUGGGCGUAACAAAUGCGCGAACAGCCUCGCGUUCUCACACCGCCGCCGCCGCGGUCAUUUCCUGCCGUCUUGUGGGCACGACGACCGCCACCCGCCCGUGCAGACUGCUGCAGGCUGUCUCACAAAGGGAAAGUCAUAAGGCCAUGCCGUGAGAGGAGAGGUCAACGGCAGGUUUGGCGCCCCCGUUCGGGAAUCGGGCCGGAGACAGCAUGAGGCCACGCACGCUCUCUUCUCUGCUCCUCCUCGCCGCCGCCGCCGCCUUCACCCCGUCGGCAUCCACCGACAGCAUCUACCGGAACACGACCCUCACCGGCAACCAGACGAUCGUCUCGGCCGGCGGCGUCUACGCGCUCGGCUUCUUCAGCCCGGACGGCGCCGGCGGCAGAACGUACCUCGGCAUCUGGUACGCCAGCAUCCCGGGCCCGACGACCGUCGUGUGGGUCGCCAACCGCCAGAGCCCGGUGCGCAGCUCCCCGGCCGCCCUCCAGCUCACCGCCGCCGGCCGGCUCGCCAUCCUCGACGGCAACAACGGCACCGUGUGGUCCUCCGCGGCGCCCACCGCCGGGAACGUCACCGCGCGCGCCGCCGCGCAGCUCCUGGACAGCGGCAACCUCGUCCUGAGCGCCGACGGGAGCGGCUCCGACCGCAGCGUGGCGUGGCAGAGCUUCGACUACCCGACGGACACGCUGCUCCCGGGGAUGAAGCUCGGGGUGGACGCCAGGGCCGGCAUCGCCCGGAACAUCACGGCGUGGCGCAGCCCAUCUGACCCGUCGCCGGGCGACGUCACGUUCAGGCUCGUCGUCGGCGGGCUCCCGCAGUUCUUCCUCCUCCGCGGAGCGAAGAGGAUCUACACGAGCGGGCCGUGGAACGGCGAGAUCCUCACCGGCGUGCCGUACCUUAAGGCGCAGGCCUUCACCUUCCGGGUCGUGUACAGCGCCGACGAGACCUACUACAGCUACUUCAUCCGCGACCCGUCGCUGCUGUCGCGGCUCGUCGUCGACGGCGCGGCGGCGCAGCUGAAGCGCUUCUCCCUCAACAACGGCGCGUGGAGCAGCUUCUGGUACUACCCGACGGACCAGUGCGACCUGUACGCCAAGUGCGGGGCGUUCGGGUACUGCGACCCCGACCGCUCCCCGGUCUGCAGCUGCCUCCCGGGGUUCGUGCCGCGGUCGCCGGACCAGUGGGGCCAGCGGGACUGGUCGGGCGGGUGCGUCCGGAGCACCAGCCUGAGCUGCGACGGCGGCGGCGGCGACGGGUUCUGGGUGGUGAACCGGAUGAAGCUGCCGCAGGCCACGGACGCGACGGUGUACGCCGGCAUGACGCUGGACCAGUGCCGGCAGGCGUGCCUCGGCAACUGCAGCUGCGGGGCGUACGCCGCCGCCAACAACAGCGGCGGGGACGGCGUCGGGUGCGUCCUCUGGACCGUCGACCUGCUGGACAUGCGGCAGUACCCGAUCGUCGUGCAGGACGUGUACAUUCGGCUCGCCCAGGCCGACAUCGACGCCCUCAAGGCCGCAGCAGAUAACCACCAGCGCUCACACAAGGGCAAGCUGAUCAUCAUCGUCGUCGCGACCAUUUCCGGUGUACUUCUCCUGCUGGCAGCGGUUGGCUACUGCUGUUUCUGGAUGAAGAAGGGGAGGAAGAAGCGUGACAGCGACGGCAUGGCGUCAGUGCAGCAGAGCACUACCGGAGAAUUUGCGCUUCCGUACAGGCAGCCCAGGAGCCAUCCUUCGCUGAGCCCAGCACGGGGUCAGCAGCAGCCUGACGAGGCGUCGGGCGAGAUGGGAUACGCCGGCAAAGAUGUCGACCUUCCAUUGUUCGAUCUGGAGGUGAUCCUGGUCGCCACGGACAACUUCGCGGAGCACAAGAAGAUUGGAGCAGGCGGAUUUGGCCUUGUUUACAUGGGAGUCCUUGAGGAUGGGCAGCAGGUAGCGGUGAAGAGGCUGAGCCAGGGAUCGACGCAGGGGGCGCGGGAGUUCAUGAACGAGGUGAAGCUGAUCGCCAAGCUGCAGCACAGGAACCUCGUGAGGCUGCUCGGCUGCUGCAUCGACAGCGACGAGAGGAUGCUCGUGUACGAGUACAUGCACAACCAGAGCCUCGACACCUUCAUCUUCGAUGAGACGAAGGGCAGGUUGCUGACGUGGCAGAAGCGGUUCGACGUCAUCGUGGGGAUCGCGCGGGGCCUGCAGUACCUGCACGAGGAUUCGAGGUUCAGGAUCAUCCACAGGGACCUCAAGGCUAGCAACGUGUUGCUGGACAGAAACAUGGUCCCCAAAAUCUCAGACUUUGGGAUCGCUAGGAUGUUUGGAGGUGACCAGACAACCGCAUACACCCGAAAGGUCAUCGGGACAUAUGGCUACAUGUCUCCGGAAUACGCCAUGGACGGCCUCAUCUCGAUAAAAUCCGACGUCUUCAGCUUCGGCGUGCUGGUGCUGGAGAUCAUCACCGGCAAGAGGAACCGUGGCUCCUACGAACCCGAGCUCGAUGUCAACCUCCUAGGAUACGCGUGGAUGCUGUGGCGAGAAGGGAGGAGCUUGGAGCUGCUGGACGAGGCGCUGGGCGGCAGCUUCCACCACAGCAGGGUGGUGCGGUGCGUCCAGGUCGCGCUCCUCUGCGUCGAAGCGCAGCCGAGGAACAGGCCGCUGAUGUCGUCGGUGGUGACGAUGCUGGCGAGCGAGAACACGGCGCUCCCGGAGCCCGUCGAGCCCGGAGUGAACCCCGGGAUGAGCACGUCGUCGGACACGGAGUCGUCCCGGACCCGGAGCGCCACCGCCAACUACGUGACGGUGACCAGACUAGAGCCGAGGUAGCUUGGAACUGUGCAGAUUUCUGUUUCUCCUUAAUGUUUUCUUGGUCAAGCGAGAAUUGCAUUGAGCGUCAGAUUUUGUCUGUAUUUUUUUUGUUUUUUUCCCCUUUGUUUGUUUCAAGUCCAAUGGCCACUCUUCCAUGUAAAGCUCGAUCGAAAAGUCUGUAAAGAUUGCUGCGUUGAUAAGCUACUGCAUUCGACUUCA